AUGGCCUGGCUCCCUGGGUCGUUCCUCUGCCAGACUCUUCUGGGCUUCAUCUCCAUAAGUGCCCCCGGGCUGGCGGUGGUGGUGAAGGUGCCUGCUGAACCUCUAAGCACACAGAUGGGCACCACUGUGGAGCUAACCUGCAGCUACAGCACUUCGGUGGGAGUCAACUUUGCCCUGGAGUGGAGCUUUGUGCAGCCUGGAAAACCCAUCUCUGCAUCACAUCCCAUCCUGUACUUCACCAAUGGGCGUCUGUAUCCAGUUGGUUCUAUGGCAAAGCGGGCCAGCUUGCUUCAAAACCCCCCAACGGAAGGGGUGGCCACCCUGAAACUGAGUGAUGUCCAACCUUCAGACACUGGAACCUACCUCUGUCAAGUUAACAAUCCACCAGAUUUCUACACCAAUGGAUUGGGGAUAAUCAACUUCACCGUGUUGGUGCCCCCCAGCAGCCCCUUGUGCAGCCAGAGCGGUCAAAUCUCAGUAGGAGGCUCUGCUGCUCUGAGUUGUAGUUCUUCCAAGGGAGUGCCCCGUCCAGUGUACAAGUGGGUCCAUGUUGGAGCUUCGCCUACACCUUCGCCCGGGAGCAUGGUGCAAGAUGAAGUGUCUGGUCAGCUCAUUCUCACCAAUCUCUCACUGACCUCUUCUGGCACCUAUCGCUGUGUGGCCACCAACCAACUGGGCAGUGCAUCCUGUGAGCUUACUCUAUCUGUGACUGGCCGCUCCGAGAGCCGAGUGGUUGGUGCUGUAAUUGGGGUGCUCCUGGGCGUGCUGUUCCUGUCAGUGGCUGCUUUUUGCCUGAUCAGGCUUCAGAAGGAGAGGAGAAAGCGACCCAAGGAAACAUAUGGGGGUAGCGACCUUCGGGAGGAUGCCUUGGCUCCUGGGAUCUCCCAGCAGACUUCUGCGCCGGCCAGUUCGGGUACUGGGCUCCUGCAGAGACCCUUGUCUGCCAGCACUGUGGCCACCACCAAGUCCAAGCUCCCGAUGGUUGUCUAA